UGCCGGUUUAAAUGCUCUUUGCAGUUCCUCGUUCAGGAUGUGUGUUGAGUUUUCUCGGUAAGCCACAACGUAGCUGCAUCAUUUCUGUCAGGGCUGCUGAGAGUUUCACAAACUCCUCUACCAACGAUAUCGUUUGAUUUUGGUGCACCUCAGCAAGCAAACGGACACCAAUGGAUAAUUAUGAUGCUUAUGACUUUUUGGAAAUUUUUUUUUCUAAUGCCUCCAAUGACACGGGAUACUCAGGAACAGUUGUAGAUGACGAGGUUAUUUUAUGCAAGAAAAGCGAUGUGGUUCAGUUCGGCGCAGCAUUUCUCCCAACUUUCUACUAUGCUAACUUCUUAAUGAGCUUGGUUGGAAAUGCACUGGUGCUGUGUAUCAUCUACAAGUAUGAGAAGCUCAGCACGGUUACCAACAUAUUCUUGCUCAACCUCGUCAUUUCGGAUCUCAUCUUCGCCUCCAGCCUCCCUUUCUGGGCAGUCUACCAUAAAUCUGAAUGGAUCUUUGGCAGGGGGCUUUGCAAACUGGUGGGAAGCUGUUAUUCCAUCGGCUUCAACAGCUCUAUACUUUUCCUCACCCUCAUGACCUUUGACCGCUACCUCGCAGUGGUCCAUGCCAUCACGGCGGCCAAGAGGAGAAGAGUGACUUAUGCAUUCAUGUCUUCCAUCGUCGUUUGGGUGUUCAGUAUUUUGGCUAGUAUAAAGGAUAUCGUUUUCCACGACGUGAUGGAUGGCGGGGAAGGUUUGCUGUGUGAAAUGACCGGUUACCACCAGAAAUUCCUCACAAAAUGGGAGCUGUUUGGUUAUUAUCAGCAGUUUUUCCUUUUCUUCUUGAUUCCUCUGGUGAUCGUCUUGCACUGCUACACCCGCAUAACCAUCAGGAUCAUGUUCACUCGCAUGAGGGAGAAAUGCAGGGCGGUCAAGCUCAUCUUUGUCAUCGUCUUCACCUUCUUCAUCUGCUGGACACCUUACAACAUCGUCAUCCUGUUGAAAGCCAUCAAGACGUCCUUUGGAGAUCAGAACGAUUGCUCAAACACGCUCGACUAUGCACUGUACGUGACCAGAAAUUUCGCCUACCUGUAUUGCUGCAUCAGCCCUGUCUUCUAUACGUUUUUGGGGAAGAAGUUUCAAAACCAUUUUCUGAAGCUUUUGUCCAAGCACAUACCUUGUCUGAAGAUCAAUGUUGCUUUGCUGUCAACAACAAGUAAAACCACAUCAAUUCGGAGCCCAAACACUGACAGCUGAGCGUUUACGUGACAAGACUGUGGUUUGUAUGUGUGAUUUGUCAUGAGCGCACAAAUAUCCAAAAUGUAAUGUCUGCUUGGAGCUUAUGUUCAAUAAUUUCUCAUUCAAUGCAUAUAUGCAUUUAUCAUUACUGUUAUAUUUUACUGUGCAUUUAAUGUAUUUAUGUAAAUAUUCAUUACAAAUAUCCAUUUGAUUAUAUUAAAAGCAAAAAAAAAAAAAAAGUAAAAAAAUAAAAUAGCAAAAAAAAAUUUAGCUUCUGUGAUAAAAGGUUACUUUGCCAUUAAAUCUGUUGUUAUGUAAGUUUGUAAAUACAUCUAUGAGCAGAUCGCAGUCUUGAUUUUUUUUUUUAGUGCUAUCAGUUGCUGAUGUUUUGAUAAAAAAAAAUAUAUAUCAGUGACGGGAAGCUUCCUGAUACCAUCUUUUCUCUCUAUUUGGUGACCUGUUCUUUGAACAUUGUGAAACUCACACAUUUGCCCCUUUUAAAGGUCUCUGAAAUUAGUAAACUUCCUGUCGUUUAACACAUAAAUACGUCCUGUUCAUCAGGUCAUUAUGAUUCAUCAGAUCUUAAUUUUAAGCAUGAACUCAUUGUCUGCAUUACAUUUUUUUUUAGUUCUGUAAAAUAACGUUUUAAUGCAUGACAAUAAAUCAUUCUAAAUUCA